AUGGACAGUGAUGGUAAAAGAUCUACUUCUCCUAGUAUUUUGACAGGAUUAUCUGAAUUAAAAACUUCAGUAAAAGCCGAUAAACAAACGCAGGUAACAUCUGAAGAUAUCGUAGACUCCAAUAUCUAUCAAAAAAAUCGCUGGGACUCGUCUGAUGUACGAGCCCGUACAGGCUUACUAAAAGAUAUUGAUUUUGGUUCAGAACAAUCAUGUGACCCAAGGAAUCAAGAAUUUGCUAAACUGAUAGCAUUUGAGAUGGAUCGAGUACCCGAAACAAAACGUACUAUGAUUUACUCCAAGAUUUACAUUUAUUAA